AUGGCAUCUGACGACGAGUGUUUAUCCGGAUUCGAUGGCGGUCCUGCCAAUUCGAUCAUCAUCGUCGAGUUCAUAAGACGAUACCACAAACAAAUUCUGGAAUCCGAGGAGCUUGUUUCAAUUAAGGCUCACGCGGCUAAUCCAUCUUCUGAAGCUUUUUGUUUUUCGGAUGAGCAUGAGCUCUAAUUCACAGAAAGACGACGUCAUUUGCGCAUUGAAGGGCUACCUUAGUUUAAGGCUCAGAGAAGAAAUGAUUUCUAUAUAUAAAAGUUUUUUUUUGCAGUUUGUUUCCUUCUUGGGAUUCUGAAGAAAUGCAGGCAAGAAGUGGAAACUUUUAAAUUGAGGAGCUGGCCCUAAUUAGUCAUCCAGACUUCACAACUCAGAAAUUGGAGAAAUGUUCGCCUUCGGCUUUUCCGGCUUUGGUUUUGUGGGUGAAAGCGGUGGGACAGGCCUUGACGUUUCUGGCGACGGAGGGGAGGGAGCGAGAGUUGGUGGAGUUUAAAACUUUACAAGCAUGGCUGGAUUCAGCAAAGGAAAAUGGGAAUCAGAUAGAAGAAGGAAGCGCGCCUAGUUGUAAACCAGACGAGACCACGUCAAGUCCGAGUGACUUCGAAAGAUCCUGCCUCGACAUGUUUGAGAUUGCGGAUGCAAGGUUCGCGAGGGCUAAAAUGAGCGAAUUCCAGGAAUUUAAGGCAAUGGCUAAUCCACCAGAAGCUAUGGGUAGAGUGAGGGACGCCGUUGGAGUUUUGGUGAGAGCAGCAGGACUUACGGGGGCUUAACCUUGACGCAGUUGGAGUUUUGCUGAGGGCAGCAGGAUUCAGGGUGGCAUGAUGAAAUACUCUAAGUUAUGGAUGUCAAGGGCUGUUGUUGUUGUUGUUUUAUUAGGAUUAGUGUAUUGAAAUCUUGUGACUUAUUUUUGAAGUACUUUCGGCAUAAAAAAAGACAUUUUGGAACGCGCACAUGACGUGUGACCGACAAAGGGCGACUGCCACGAAGCUGCAGCAGUUGCUUCGGAAGUGGAGGC